CUAUGUCUCAAGCGAUCAUCGAUCAUCUUCGAUCGGACAAGUUCGUAGUCGAAACCUUUGCAACUGAACUCAGGGAUGCAAACUUUGAUCCCGAAUCAUCAGAGUAAGUCGAAAAAAGUGCGUUUGACAUUCCCUAGCAAAGCAGCAGGUAUCCUACAAUGACGCAUUUCUUCAUGACGCGUUUCUUCGCCCACCUCUGCCUUUAUUUGCAGAUGAUCGACAUUCAGUGCCGCUGCUUGCGACCCAAGUCAUUUUUGAGGCUUACCUACAAGUGUUGGAGGCUGCAGGCCAACGAGAGUUGAUUGCAACGUAUGCUGGCGCACUAAGAGACAACGCAGUCGAGCGAUAUGGAGGUUCUACCAUCAUGGCUCAAUACGGUACCUGAAGUGGCUUCAUGUGCUGGGAGGGUUUUGCUUGCAAAGAACCUUGUGGAGAUGCUUCCGCGUGAACUCCCCUCCAUCGACCAGCCUGAGAAACGAGCCACAGAAUACCUUCACUACAGGCAGUUCUUUACGAUGCAGGACAGUCUUGACCGUGUCCUAUCGAUAAUGAACCGGAACACCAGGGCUGCUUGGUUAAUUGAACAGGCUUACAAUGCAGUCGUGAAACUGCUGACUUCGGAUUGGAUGAUGCCAGGCGAGACAGGAGACCGUUGCUCCCGCGAGCUAACUCGCACUCGGCAGAUAUACCUCCCCGAGCUUAAUACUGCGGCUGCAUGUCAUACUUUACGCCGCUCGAGAGCAUAUCCCAGAGUAAAUAUAACUUUGCAUGUGGUACCUGCAGUUUUAACACAUCUUGGACAGGAAUCUGAAGCACGCAUUUGAAUCGAUAUCUUUAUGCAAUGCCGCUGGAAUUAUGAGCCUAAAUAUUGGUGGGCUGCGAGGUCGUGGCUUGUCCCUUCUAUGUAGAAAGGAUGUGUAGGUUGUAGGAUGCUCUGCAUCCUAUGCCACGCAAAGUCUUCAGUGACCGCAGAGAAAUAUAUUAACAAAGAAGAGCCAUGCACCAGCCCAUCCCACCAAGUCCCGUAUCAACAGCCAGCUUAUUUAUAUGUUUGACACAGCAAUGUAUAAUCAUUCAAUGCAUCGGUGCUUGCAGUACUAGUACACA